CCCGCUAUGAAUCCUGUCAACGAAACGGAGAGAAGUACAGAACAUUAUAUUUUCGCACUUGGCACCUACAAACUUCUCGCUUUCACCAUUGGGACUAUCGGGGUGUUCGGCUUCUGUAACAACGUCGUUGUCAUCGUGCUGUACUGUAAAUUCAAGAGACUGAGGACCCCCACCAAUCUGUUACUGGUCAACAUUAGUUUGAGUGACCUGCUGGUUUCUGUCAUUGGAAUUAACUUUACCUUUGUUUCGUGCCUCAAAGGCGGAUGGAUCUGGAGCCAGGCGACAUGCAUCUGGGACGGCUUCAGCAACAGCCUAUUCGGCAUCGUCUCCAUCAUGACCCUGGCUGCUCUGGCCUAUGAGCGCUACAUCCGGGUGGUCCACGCCCAGGUGGUGGACUUCCCCUGGGCGUGGCGGGCCAUCGGCCACAUCUGGCUGUACUCCGUGGUGUGGACGGGCGCUCCUCUGCUGGGAUGGAACCGCUACACGCUGGAGAUCCAUCGGCUGGGCUGCUCCCUGGACUGGGCCUCUAAGGACCCGAAUGAUGCCUCCUUCAUCCUCCUCUUCCUCCUGGCCUGUUUCUUUGUGCCUGUGGGCAUCAUCAUCUACUGCUAUGGAAACAUCCUUUACACAGUGAAUAUGCUGCGCUCCAUCCAGGACCUUCAGACGGUUCAGAUCAUCAGGAUCUUGCGGUACGAGAAGAAGGUGGCCGCCAUGUUUUUGCUGAUGAUCACCUGCUUCCUGGUGUGUUGGACGCCCUACGCUGUAGUGUCCAUGUUGGAGGCCUUCGGCAGAAAGAGCAUGGUCUCUCCCGUGGUGGCCAUCAUCCCCUCGUUCUUUGCCAAGUCCAGCGCGGCCUACAACCCCCUCAUCUACGUGUUCAUGAGCAGAAAGUUCCGGCGCUGUUUGCUGCAGCUGCUGUGCUCGCGGCUGUCUUGGUUGCAGCGCAGCCUCAAAGAGCGCCCCAUGACUCCGGUCCAACGGCCCAUACGACCGAUCGUCAUGUCCGGAAACUACGGCAGCAGGAACCGACCUAAGAAGAGGGUGACUUUCAGCUCCUCCUCCAUUGUCUUUAUCAUCACCAGCAAUGACUUCCACCAACUGGAUGUGACCUCCAAGGCUAGAAUCCCUGCGGAGGUUAAUGUCAUUCAAAUCAGGCCACUCUGA